AACAGUUUUUUAACAUUUUUAUAGAACUUUUUUUUAUCAUGAUGAUCAUUCAUUUGGCGUGGUGUUUGUGUUUCCACCUGAUGAAUGUAAGUCCAAUAUUCACUCAUUUUAGCUCUGUUAUUGGCCUCUACAAUGCUGUGAGGAAGAUAUGUGCCUCUUGUUCUGUUGUGUUCACCUAGGCAGGUAGUGUACAGUUUAUCAGAGCUUGUGUGCUGAAAGCAGCUGCCUGCCACCGUUGGAAAAGAGGUUGAUGUGAGGGUGAUAAUUAAUAAUAAAAAAACAAAGCUAAGAGCUAAAAGAGGUUUUGUGAUACAAUUUCAAUUUGAUUUCUCAAGAUGUCAUUUGUGAGGACGACAGGAAUAAAAUGCACUAUAUGAACCAAACUUUUCUUUUCUUUUAGGAGCUUGUGACAAGAAAAUCCCCUUCCUGGCCUCAGACACAAAGCACUUAACACACCUAGGGAGUUUAGCUGGUGACCAGUACAGAAGUCAAAGUUUGUGGGGAAUUCCCAAUUGUGGAUAUGAAGAAUUGUGUGAUGGAGUUUAUUGCUCAUUAAAGAAAUGUGUUUUCAGCCGACCACAGGUAGGCUACUGUAACUGUCAGAGUUGAUAAGUGAAACCUUGUCGUAGGUCGGGGCAUUAAAACGUGUAUGGGGACAGCCACGGCAGAUUGGCACAUGGGCUGAACAAAGACACGAUAUUAUCAGAUAUGCUGUUCUGAACAGUAUAUAAGGUGAUGCCUUCCUCUGCCCCAACAGGCUUCCUCGAUCUCAUUGAAGAAGUUUCAGAGUGUCAAGAAGCUUGAUCGUACUGCUUACUUCAUCUCUUCAACACAUCAGUGCCAUUCACUGCUGGAACAAUGAGGAAUCUGAUCUUGGUGGCUUUGAUCAUUCAGCUGGUGAUCACAGUUGACAUAAAUGGAUUCCAGUUUGGAGAUAUCAUUUCUUUCAAACCCAGGUGUAUACAGUUUGCUGGGAAACAAUUUUACUACCAGCACUUUGCUAUUUAUGUGGGUGAUGAAGACCUUCCCGGUAAAGGCAGCGGAGCGAACAUAUAUGAACGCCUGAACAAAAGGCCUUCCUGUGUUUUCUCUAAACUGGACAUGGCUGAGGAGCCUGAGGUGUUCAAUUACCUUGAUGGAUACAAGGACAAGAAAGGAAAGGAGUACAAGGCAGGAACUGAAGCAGAAAUGACCGCGCGCAUCAACAAACGAAAAGCCAACUGUUGGCCGUAUAACUUCUUGGCCAACAACUGUGAACACCUUGCUACCUAUGUGCGUUACGGAGUGAGAUUUGCACUGCAGUACAACAUGACUGGUGAAAAGCACUGCAUUAACAACCCAUUCAGAAUCCGUGCAAAAGAUGUGGUGAAGUUCUUAAGGGAAAAUGAAGGGUGGCACCACAAAAAAGAUCUGCUGAUGUACGUAUGGGAAAAUGAAGAGUGGCUCAACAAUGGCACCCGCUUACAAGUAUUCCCUCAGUUAACCCUCUCAGUGUGUCUUGCUCUCUUCUGCAUUUUCCUUAUGUGAUAGUCAGGGGCCAUUACAGGAAGUGGGGUGACACAUUCCUUAAAGUGAUGGUUCGGAGUAAUUCACCCUAGGGUCCUUUGCACC